AUGUCAGACGAUGGAUAUUUCUAUGAUGACGAAGCCGACGACUUUGAAGGAGAUCUAUUUUGGAAUGACGAUGGCGAGAUUGUACUUGCCGACGAUCUUGCCGAACACACUCUUCCAUCUCCCGUAUAUGCCGAAGAUGGUGCGUACGAGACCAUGGAUGGUUAUUCGGACUGGGAGUACUAUUCGGACGACUACUAUGACGACGAUCCCACUCUGUUGAAAGACAACCCGCAGGAAGGUAGCCUCUUACGAACAAACAAGUCCAACAGUUCCAACGGCUUGCCCCGGGGAAAGAAGCGCAAGCUUGCCGCUACAAGUGACAUUCAGGUUUAUCCCUCAGUGGUGACUUCAAAGAGCACAGGACCAUGGGACCCUCCCCCAAAGGCCACUGGCUGGAGAUCAUCUUCUGUUGAGAACAAGGAGAAGAAGCUUUAUGAACCAGGCAUGGGAGAGCGGGUUGCACUUCUUGGUAAUUGGCGGGAGGUUUUCAGAUCAAGUCAACCCUUCGGCAGGCAACAGAGGAAUAGCGAGUUAGGCACUCGCAGUAAGAGUGAUAGAGGAUAUGGAAAAAGUCUCCCUAUACCUACUACAAAAACAACUCUGCCACAAAAUGUUGAGCUCAAUGGACAUACGGAAGAGCCGGACGCAAAUGAAGACGAAGGAGCAGCACCGAAAGACUACAAAAGACGUCAAACGUCAUAUCUACAAGGUCCGCCAGUUUCACGACACCACAAAGUUGUUGUUGAGAUACCUGUACAGCGAGUCAACGGAGUGAAAAAGGACAGACCAGGGAAUCAGACGGGGACAGCAUCGAAACCUCCAGCAGGCAGAAAACGAAAAGCAAGUGAUGUUGAACAUGAGAACAGCGAUGGAGCUCUUCCUAAGCCUCCUGCGAAAAGGGCUGCCUCGGGUAGGGUUCCAUUGAAGAGCAAGAAGAAAGCGAAGUCUCCACCGUUACCUUCUGCAAGGACCACACGAAGCAGAAAGAAGUGA